AGCAGCUUAAUGCCAUGGGGCCACCAAUUAAAGAUGCUAAGUUGUAGAGGAAGGUUUUUGCUGAUCGAAAAUACCAAGCAAAAAAGAAGCUUUCCUUCAAGCAUCGAAGCAGCGAAGUGGAGGAGGUUAAUCGAAGCAGCUGGACUCAAAGCUUGCGUAGAGGGCAUAACAAAUGUUUCUGCAUUUGGAAAUAACCCAACUACGCAAGCUUCGACAUUUACCGUUAACUGUGACAGCUGUGAUGAGGAGGCAAACCCUUUCCCCAGCUCCUUACCAGUCCCAACAACUUCUAAACAGUCGCUACUCGCUACAACAACAACAACGUCAACAGAAAAAACUCCAAGCACUUUGAGAAGAAAAAGUAGGAGUGACGAAAAGUUGGAGUUACUUCAACAAAACAUGAAAUCGCUCUCAGCUUUUCAAAAAGGCAUAGACCAGAAGCUUAAGAGGUUAGUAGCAGCACAAGAAAAAAUGCUGGCACUACAGGAAAAAAUGGUUGCUAUGAAGAUGGAAAAGCACCGCAUCCAACAGUCGACACGGGAAUUAGACCACGAAAUAAACAAAUUGGAGCUCGAAACCUUACGAAGAAGUUUAUUUUAAAACUUGGUACAUGAAUGUAAAUAUUUUUAGU